AUGUCGCAGCUUCCGACUAAGCCCGUUCUGCAUUAUUUCGAUAUUGGCAGCUUGGGUAGAGGAGAAGUCGUGCGGCUUUUCCUGCAAGAUGCUGGAAUCAAGUUCGAGGAUAAACGAUAUUCGCCCGGCGAUAACUGGGCAGCGACCAGCACGGAUCUCCAGGCAAAACGCCUUUCGCGGACCGGGAAAGUGCCAGUGCUCGAAUACAAUGGUGCUAUUUUGAACCAGCACAUUCCUAUACUACGCUAUCUGGCCCGAGAAUUGGGAAGCUACGAGGGUAAAACAAGCCUCGAAAAGUACGUUGUUGACGCUGUGGCAGAUAUUUAUAUUGAUUGGAGAUCACAAUGGGCAAGCCAGCUAAAGGCUAAAACGGCCGAGUACAAGAAUGAUUUCGCUCCGAAAUACUAUAAAAUCCUUGCGGAGUAUUACUCCGAACGAGCGGGACCUUAUCUGCUGGGAAGCAAUAUCAGUUAUGCUGAUUUUGCUGUUUAUCAAUCUAUCGACAAUGAUGAAAAUAUUGGGACGCUACCGGCGGAACUGCCGGAGCCGAUUCUUAAGUUUAAAAAAGCUUUCGAAGCCCGCCCCCGCAUCCAAUCGUAUCUUGCGAGUGGUCGCAGUACCAAAUCCUAG